CCCGGUUACAUUCUGUCCAUGUCCAUUUCUAGAUAACGAAUCGUUUGAUCAUAGAGUCUUAAUACUAACUUGAAGGGGCCGGCUCACUGUGUUCAUGUCACACCUCCAGUCUCCAGAACUCCCCACGACGUCAAUGGCCGAGUACGUAACCUGCUCUGUGGGUUCAUUCGUCAUCCGAGCCAAGCGGAGUGGCUAUGACUUCGUUCCUGCAUUGUUCAUGGAGCUGGCUCCCCAAAAGCUACUGACAUAGAGCAGAGCUAACAGGGAACAGGCUUUGGUCCUCUGUCGAGUAUCGCACUGAGGCCAGCAGGCUUGACGCAGUCUGUCAGUUGUGUGUCACUCAGAAGCUUUGCUAGUAAAUCUUGGAGACAGAAAGUCUAUCAAACCGGGCGCCGGAAUCCAAUGUCGUUAUCUGGCACGAGCUCAGCGUGCUGAACCGCAAGAUAUCGUGUAUUGAACGAUGCACAGUUGAGAAAUAAACAGAGUCUAGAUUCCACGACUUGUUGCUGCGUUGCCAUUACUAACUAACCCAACUGCAGAGACCGACUUUUCCUUCUUUUUUUUUUUUUUUUUUUGUGCUUUGGCUUUGAGCUCUUGUCGUUGUUUCAAGCUGCUGAGAAAGAAAAAAAACCUGCCCAUUGACGCACGCGUAACGACCCAUCGCAUCGUUGUGUCAACAUCCACUUAUUUAUAGUUGCUUCUGUGGAUGUGCAAUGUUUGCAGGUCAUUUUUGACUGUUUGGACCUCUUCAUUCUCUGCUUGACGGUGUUUCGUCGUGUCUGUGUAAUGGCUUGUCUUAACCUGACGUACAAGAUAACACUCACUGAUGGUCAAACAUCUUGCACCCACUUGGUCUCUGUCUGGGUAGGCAGUUAGGGCGUCUAUGGCACCACCACGGACCUCAUGUCACCUUACGACGAGUCCAGCAUCGUCUGAGGUUACGGUUAGGGAAAUGCACUCGCACUCACAGACACAGGCACAGGCACAUACACUCAAACUCGCACAGUACGCAUUGCAGUACCGACACUCAAGUCUGCCUGAUCGAUGUAUCCUUGCAUAUCCUACCUGGACUAUCCCGGCCAGAAUGGGCCUUGCAGAGAAGGAAAACCCCCCCAGAUUCCCGGGGCUUGUGUCCGUCGAGACGGGCCAGGGACAGCCCAACCCAACCCACUCGAAGCCCUGUCGAGGGUCCCCCCUUACCACCGCCCUAGCCUCCCUUAGCCCCAGUUCCUAGGGCCUGUCUAAUCUUUGGGAGGGUACAAGCUGCCUUGCCCCAAGAUUGCAUCAAUCUCUCGCUCAUCUUGUUAACUUAUAUGUACAUUGCAUCCUCGUUGUUAUAAUCUUGUUGUUUGAUCUCCCGAUGACCUUUCCCACCCCUCAUUUCGAUACGUUUUUGAAACCUCGUGGCAUCUGAUCUGCCCUAUCCCAAGUCUCUCUUUUAGGUCUCACCUACUCCAUUCCUUACUUUAUCUCACUGCCCUGCCUGGUCUAGAUCAACAACAAGAAUUUGUGGAAUAGGCCAGUUUCGCAAGUCAUUGUUUACAUACAGGGCACGCUCCGCCGUCGCCCUCCUCUUGGAGGUCUUGUGUAAUCAUGUGGGCUGCUACAAUGCCUUAUUACUCAGAAUACCAGUCGGAUCGUUCCAGGCGCGAUACGAACCAGAAUGCUCAGGCCAAUGCCAGCAACGAUGCCCAUGGCUAUCGCGAUGUAUCCCCCCACACCCGGCACUCACCCAUCGAUCUGGACGAAUACAUGGUGCCAGCCAUAGAGGGCCCUCCGUCACCCGAGAGAAUUCGCCAAUUGAGCAAGCAGAUGAAACAUGCGUCUCACCUUAAUCGAGGUCACCGGGCUGUAUCGUCUGGGUCUUCGUCGUUUGUGAAUAGUGAGCGAGGAUGGGAACAGGGAUUCGAAAACAUGAGCAUUACUCGGCACUCGUCCCAACGAUCUACGACUAGCGGAACUUCUUCUUCUCGAGACCGACCCGACAGUGUGCAAGUAUUGGGCAAGAACAUCUUCCAUCGCCGUGCAAAGUCGAGCAAGUCAGGACGCUCAAGACGUGAGAGCAGUGCCCAGAGCUCAUCGGGAAGUUCAUUGUACUCGACUGAAUUAAGCAGCGAAACUUCCUUGACCACCUUCAAGGACGCCAUCAUGCCUACUAUCUUUGCACGCCGGAAAUCAUCUCGCGACGAGACAGCCCUACAGAAGAAGCUUCAGAUAUCUGGACCUUUCAACUUUCAGCAUGUGACGCAUACUCCACGCGAACAGGCAGCCAACUCAGCAUCUCGUACUCCUGGACAGGAGCACCCCCAACCCAGCUUCUACUCAGACCGCGUUGUCGAACACGAAGUAUCUCCCCGUAGUUCAAGAGCCUCUAACCUUCCACGUCGAUUGAUCAAGCACGCUCGAUCCCAGGAGCAGCUCCGUACCAGCCCACCUCGACCAGUCCGACCCCCAAGACCUCCUCCGCUUGAGCCACUUCACUCUCCUACUCUGGGUGCCCCUAUUCCACCCCCAAGAGGCUCAAGCCGACAGCCCAGCCUGCAAGAUGGUGACGCACUUGCAGUGGCAAGGUUUGAUCGUCCACUGACGAGUGGUGGGUUCCGACACCCUCAACCUUUCAGCCCUAGUGAGAUCAUGGAGCGACCUCCAGCAACAUCUCAUGGUUACGCCAUGGCCCCUGAACAGGCAGUAUUGCCAGUAGACGAUCACCGAUUCUCGCAUGCGAUCACCACCCCCGAUGAUGCAGCCUGGCCACUUCCCGUAACCGCAAGUUAUGAGCCACCAUUGCCAGAUGUGCCAGAGGAAGAAGAACACAUGGUAAACAUUGGACGAUCACCAAAGAGUAUCAUCAGCACCAGGUCUUCACUGCGUGCUAGCCAAUCGGUCCCUCUUCUUCGGGGAUCCCAGACUCUCGAGAACGAUGCUGCCCAACACAGUGCUGGACACUACAACGGCCAAGCUCAUUCCAUUAGGGAGAGUUGGGAGGAUGAUAUCGACUACUGUUACGAACACGAGGCCGAUGCCAACUUCGAUUACGAGUGGGAGAGACCGUCGUUGGAAGGUGGACGAGAGCAUGCACCUGGAGUUCAAGUGGCUCUGUUUGAAGACGAUGAGUUGAGGGAGCUACCGAUCAUCGGCACUGCUGAGUCGUCUCCCGGUAUGCUUUCCGCGUCCCGUUUUGAUAUGCCGGCUCUAAGCCCAGCUAGUCAGGCCUCGCCGGAGAGUGCCUUCGAGGCCAUCACCCCAAGCACGGGAGUCGCUGUGACCAAUAACUUCUCGCUCCCACGUGGUGACAAGGUCCACCGCCCGUCCAAUCUUAGCCAUUGUCGAAACGACUCUCGAGCAUCCAGCUUCAAGGAGUCAUAUGGCUUUACCUUGUCCCCUUCGCUACUCAUCCCUGGUGACUACCAUCAACAGAUGCUCCUCAAUGAGACUGAGAGACAGAGCUAUUCGGGUGAGGAUGAUGUGGUUCAUGGUAUCGUUGACCCCAACCACCCCUAUGAGGAUGUCAGCAACGCUGCCAGUCACACCUCUCUUCAGAUGUCUCAUCAACGCGCAAGCACUUCCACUACUGCUACCAACUCUACAUCUCUCUCUGACUCUACUGGAGAGCGUCAUGUCUCUACCAACUCCACCUGGACUAACUUGACUCGUCUCACCAGCAGCACGUCACUGAACAAGUGGGUUGAGUCAAACAACACAAUCCGCGAGUCACAGAUCAUCAAAUCACACGAUGAUAGCGACGAAGAAGAGACUACUCCUCCUGCCUCCACCGAGAAGGACACAGUCCCUGAGCUCACACCAUUCCCCUCUGUGCCCGUUACCAAGAAGCCUCACCACAAGAGCCACGCAAGCGAGUCUAUCGUCAGGGAUGAUAUCCCCAACAACACUAAGUCUGUCGAGCUUCCCAAGACCCGACGUCCUCGUGCUAGAACAACAAGUCUCAGCACUCAGGCCCCUCCUGUGGGCCAAUAUGCCCUAUUUCCUCGUACAUAUGCCAAGGGCAAUGGCGAUCGUAUCUAAAGUGAUUUGAUCGCUCCAUGUUGAUUUGUUACCUGUUUUCGACCUCAACACUUGAGGCAGCUUUCUUUUUAUUUCCGUUUCAUAUCUCUCUCACGUGCGGCAUAUGCCUCCUUUACACUGCUUUUACACAAGACACUGUGCUCCUGGGUGUGUCAGCCCAUGGUCGGAUUUCUUUUGUACGGGUUUGAGCUUCGCCGCGAAAGGCAUUCUAUACUUGGGUCUCUGGUCCUAUGGUCCGGCUUUCAGGCCUUGACUUCAGCCUCCGGCAACCAGGUCAUUUAAGGCGUACUUUUGAUCUGCAGAAAGCAGUUCAGGGCAUUGGGGGCGGUACUCAAAAGCUAAACAAGGCAUUGGGUGUGUUUUUAUUUAUUUUUUCAUCUUUACUGCAAUGUCUUUUCGGAGUCGACCACUGGGGGGUCGGCCAACGGGUGAGAACAAGGUCCAACUCUGUAGGAGAGACCUUUGGGAACCAACUGGCGCAAUAUUUCCAGUUAUGAUGAGUGAUGGAUUUAUGAACAUUUAGACAAAAAUCAGAGGCACAUAGCAGUAAGCUAUCUUGUACAACAUACCGGCACCACGGCCAAAAAUGCAUUUCUGCCAAGCGCGCUGACUUUGAGACAUUUACUUGCUCUUUGUGUAUAUAUACUAAGUUAAAAAUGACUAAAAAAAUGUUAAAGUUUAACAACCAAA